GGUCACCCCUUAACCUCUCCGUUCCUCUUCUCGGCUGUCCCCCCUUUCUGUUGUCUUUUCGUGCCCCAAACCACAUCCUGGGGGCCGCCCUCCUGCACGGUACUCAAGAGGGGCCGGUGCACCCCGUGUCCGGGCCUGGAAGCCCCGGAGCGCGGCCUUUCUGCCCCGGGCCCACCCCUCGGCUGCGCUGAUUGGCCGCUCCUGGGCCAUCCCCUCCCGCCCGGGGCAGGCAGGGUCUCUACCCCGCGGAAAGUUUUCUGAGCCAGGAGGAAGUUGGAGGGUUGGGGAUUCUGAGAAGGCUGCUCCUGCAGCUGCGGGGGUCUGGGUGGCCAUGGAGGAGCCCCCUUUGCGACAGGAGGAGGAAGAAGAGGAGGAGGAAGGGGACGAGGCUGGGCCCGAAGGGGCUUUGGGCAAGAGCCCCUUCCAGCUGACGACCGAGGACGUGUAUGACAUCUCCUACGUGAUGGGCCGCGAGCUGAUGGCCCUGGGCAGCGAUCCCCGGGUGACACAGCUGCAGUUCAAGAUCGUCCGCGUCCUGGAGAUGCUGGAAACGCUGGUGAAUGAGGGCAACCUGACGGUGGAGGAGCUGAGGAUGGAGAGGGACAACCUGAGGAAGGAGGUGGAGGGGCUGCGGACAGAGGGCUCGGCGGCCGGCGGGCAGGUAAACCUGGGGCCGGACAAAAUGGUGGUUGACCUGACAGAUCCCAACCGACCACGCUUCACUCUCCAAGAGCUGCGGGACGUGCUCCAGGAGCGCAACAAGCUCAAGUCCCAGCUGCUGGUGGUGCAGGAAGAGCUGCAGUGUUAUAAGAGUGGUCUGAUUCCACCAAGAGAAGGCCCAGGAGGAAGAAGAGAAAACGAUGCCCUUGUCGCCAAGACCAGCAAGACCAGCAGUAACAAGGAGGAGAAGACAAUCAUAAGGAAGCUGCAUUGUUCUAGGUCCUGGGGAUGCAGUGAACAAGACAGAGCCCCUGCCUUCAUGGUGCUUCCAUUCCAGCAGGGGAGUCAGAAUGAGCAGGUUCUCUUUCCGAUCGGAGAAGCAGAUGUAGCUCGAAAGCCCCGACUAAGACAGAGGUUCUUGGACUCAAGAAGGCAAUGCACCAAGACUUCCAAACUCAUCUCUCAGUUUUUCCAAACUCGGCCAUCUCUCACUGGCACCCCCCAGUGCCACGCAUACUCACUGUACUUGCUCAUCUGCUUCCCCUGAAAGCCACCAAGGAGGAAGGAGAGGAGGCUCUCUCAUGAUAAUUUUUUCCCUGGCCUCAGAACUGGACACCCCUGAAGCCUCGGCCAAGGCUGGGGAAACAGCACAAAGAAAUCAAGAAAGCAGAAGGCAAGCAAAAUGAGGCCCACUUCCUGCUGCUCACCAGCCGUCCAGAGGGACCUCCAGUGUGCAGGUGUGCGCUCUGCCUGUCUGGUCUCACGAGGACCUGGGUCUUUACCGCGUAGGAGCAGCGAAAGUCGUGAGCCCAAAGGGAGAGGGGAGGAGAGAAUGCAGGAAAAAAUGGUAUUGACAUUCCAGUGAUGAUUUCACAGAUAUUUAGUGAACAUUCGGUUUUGCUAACAUGACUUUCUUUACAUGAUUUUGUAUUAAAGUGAAAUGACUUUUAUACUUUC